GCGGACGGACCAUGGACUCCGAGCGCGAGCGGCCGGCCGCAGCCCUGAGGACCCGGCGCUCCCGGGCCCGGCCCUAGGCACCCGGUCCCGCCGCCCGGGGCGCCCAGCUGGGAGAACGCGGAGCCCGCGCGGCGCGGAGGAGGCGGCGGCCGCCGAGCUAGAGGGGCGCCGCGGCGAACGGCGCGCGCGGCCCCCGGAGCCAUGGGCAAGUGCAGCGGGCGCUGCACGCUGGUCGCCUUCUGCUGCCUGCAGCUGGUGGCUGCGUUGGAGCGGCAGAUCUUUGACUUCCUGGGCUACCAGUGGGCUCCUAUCCUAGCCAACUUCCUGCACAUCAUGGCAGUUAUCCUGGGCAUCUUCGGUACCGUGCAGUACCGUUCCCGGUACCUCAUUCUGUAUGCAGCCUGGCUGGUGCUUUGGGUUGGCUGGAAUGCGUUUAUCAUCUGCUUCUACUUGGAGGUUGGACAGCUGUCCCAGGACCGGGACUUCAUCAUGACCUUCAACACAUCCCUGCACCGCUCCUGGUGGAUGGAGAACGGGCCAGGCUGCCUGGUGACACCUGUCCUGAACUCCCGCCUGGCCCUGGAGGACCACCAUGUCAUCUCGGUCACCGGCUGCCUGCUUGACUAUCCCUACAUUGAAGCACUCAGCAGUGCCCUGCAGAUCUUCCUGGCUCUGUUCGGCUUCGUGUUCGCCUGCUACGUGAGCAAAGUAUUCCUGGAGGAGGAGGACAGCUUUGAUUUCAUCGGCGGUUUUGACUCCUAUGGAUACCAGGCGCCCCAGAAGACGUCGCAUUUACAACUGCAGCCUCUGUACACGGCGGGGUAGUAGCUUCUGCCCCACGACCACCCCCGCGGCUAGACUGACCGCCGCAGCCGCGAGCUCCGGCCAAGAUGGCAGGCGUGCCC